CUUCAACAACCCACCUCUCCGCGAUCUCACCAAAACCUUCACCCCUCCCGACCUCCACCGCCUUAUACUGUGCCUCACAGUAUUCAACGGCAGACGCUCAGGUCUGCUUCCCAGUCUUUACCGAAGCGAAAUUUUGUACGGAGGAUCCGCUACUGCAGAGAGAGAACAAUAGGGCAGCGCGGGGGGAUUCCGGUCGGCCGAAAAUUUGGUCAACGGACCAUUCGAACCACCGCUCUCCUGCCCCCAUCUCGACCGCUUUCAUCUUUCGGACCGUCCAAUAUCGUCUUUGAGCGAGCAAACUCAAAAAUCCUCCGUCAUGACUAUGCCGCCACCCGAGAAGCCAUGGGAGGCCAAUCAUAAUGUCUCUGUAAUGUGUCCCGAUUGUCGCGAGGUACCUGCCAACAUUGUAGAGGAAUUUUCAUCUGGGGAUAUGGUUUGCGGCUCUUGUGGAUUGGUGCUCGGUGACCGUAUUGUCGAUACUCGAUCUGAAUGGCGCACCUUCUCGAACGACGAUCAGGCUGGCGAUGAUCCUUCCCGUGUCGGAGAUGCGGCGAACCCCUUCUUGAACGGUGCUCAGUUGGAGACCACAAUCUCGUACACUCCAGGAGGUGCUGGAAGGGAGCUUCACAGAGCUCAGAACAAGACCGCUGGUGAUAAGUCCACCAAAGGGCUUCUGGCUGCGUACAAGGAGAUUGGUGCGUUUUGUGACUCUAUAAAUAUCCAGAAGGUCGUCUCCGAUGCGGCGAAGCAGCUUUUCAAGAUCGUGGAUGAUCACAAAGCCUUCAAAGGGAAACCUCAAGAAGCCAUUAUCGCCGGAUGCAUCUUUAUCGCCUGCCGUCAGUGUCAAGUUCCUCGAACCUUCCGCGAGAUCUUCGCUCUGACGAAGGUUCCCAAGAAGGAAAUUGGUCGUGUCUUCAAGGCAUUGGAGAAGUUCUUCGCGGCCCAGGAUAGCAAGAAGAUGGACGAGAUCACCAAGUCGGGCGGUAUUGUGGACGAUAGUCAGCAGUACAAGACUACAAGCUCUACCAAGGCCACCGAACUUAUGAUUCGUUAUUGCAACAAUCUGAACCUCACUCAGAACUGCACUACUAUCGCCCAGGAACUCGCAGACCGUGCUGCCACCAUCGGUACCCUUGCUGGGAGAUCUCCUAUUUCUAGCGCUGCGGCUUGCAUUUACAUGGUUUCCUAUCUCAUGAAACAGCCCAAGACUGCGAAAGAGAUUUCGACAAUCGCGGGUGUCAGCGAUGGGACGAUUCGUAAUGCAUACAAGCAUCUAUACACCGAUAGGAAUAAACUGAUUGACCCUAAAUGGGUCGAGAAUGGUAAGGGGGAUAUUAGUGCCUUGCCGUCGUCAUAGGGGGCCGUUGGCAGCUAGUCUUAAAGCCUGAGCGCCUCAAGGCUCUGCUUGGGUCGGCUCAGUGGUCUAUCCCUUUAACUAUUUUAACAAUUUGUAACCCCUUGGCUUGUUUUUAUGUUACCUCCUUGUUCCUCGUACCUUCUAGCUUUUUAAACUGUUCUUCAUUCUACAUGAUAGACCGUGACCCCUUUUGGGGUUUCGAUUCGGGCGGCGUUAAUCUCUGUAUGGUGAGGUGGUGGUUUUCCAUUACAAAAGCAAAAGCUUUCCAUUGUCAUUAUCCAUGUGCUCAGUUUGUUUUGCUAUCUUUCGUUUUUCAUCUCUUUUAAGGUCGGUGCGUGACAAGAGACAGAUAUCAUACCAGUAAUGCUUUUACGAAGUGAGGGGUCUGUAAGUUAUCAUAAUAGUACGAGACCACAUGUUUUUUGCUCCUAGCAAA